GGGGGGGGAGGCAGCUGCGCAGUAUACCCGGUGUCAGCGAGGGGAGGGUUUGCAGACGAUGCAGAUACUGGCAUACAGAACCUGAACUGGACCACAGAUCAGGACGGCGCGUCGUGUGUUCAAGUGCGGCGUUCAGCCGGCUUGGGGAAGGGUGGAGUGGCGCCAAUACAGACGCGAUACCCUUCCCGCCCCGUCAAUUGGGGCGCAUUUGCUGGAGCAGAUGGUGUGGCAUGACGCGCUGAGCGAAUGUGCGGCAAGUCGUGCGGUACUGGUAUUUCGAUGGGGGGGGUGGGGGGGGCUUGGUCUCAUUGUAAUUGUUUUCCUUGUAUCGUAGGGGCUCCGUGUGUGGUUUUAUCAAGAUAUGAAAAGUCUUGUGCACCAAGAAGCAUCGAAUGCUACCGCCUUCGCGAGCACAGGUUUCCGUAGAGCUUCGCGAGCGGGGGGGAGGAAUCAGAGCGCGAAUCUUUUGUCUACGUGUGUUGUGGGAUGUAGCAGAGCGCAACGGUCAAAAAGAUUCGCGCAGGUUCAUUCAAACGUGGGGGCUAUCGAGCGAUCCGCAUAGUUUAAGGUCGGAGGUGAUUGGUCUCGAGAUGAACCCCGUGGUUGCACCGCAUCCAUUGGAUUUCUACUCAACGCCAUCUCUUGUUGCGGCAGUGGGGUUCUGGACACCCGCGAGAUGAGAUGGCUUUGGCGUGUUUUUCAACCCGUGCAUCCUGCCACGUGUUUGCAGCGGAGGGUGAGAGUCUGUGGAGAUUUUUUGUAAGCCACCUCUUUUGUUGUGUUUCGUUGGCUUCUUCCCAUCAUCCCAGGUGUUGACGGUCGGUUUAUAGGUGUUUGCGUCUUGUUGAGCGUUCUCGUGAUGUUUUGGUGCUGUGGUUCGUGCGGUAAAAUAGAAAAGGCGUGUAGAGCAAUGCUGUCUCUAGUCAGCGCCUUUGUUGGUUGUGAUGGGGUUUCGUUUCAAUGGGGGGGCGGAAGCAAGAGAGCAGAGGGAUCUAUGUUCCUGUCAAGACAGUUGGCCAAAUUUCGACUUGUCUUUCACCGUACACAUCGCAUGCACGGUUCGAUUCUAUUUUGUGUGGCCCCUCUACUGGUGGGGGAGCGCUUGCUAGCAUCUUACCCUUGCGAUCGUCAUCGAUCCUUGUUUUGUUGACCUAUCUAUCUGUCUUUUAUUUGGGCUUGUUCAGGCAUCUAGAACUAAUUUGGUAACGACGAAAUAGUGACUGUGCGUUUCUUCCGCGUUUGCUUAGUCUACUAUCUUCCCCCCGGGUUGCUCAAUUACAGCAAAAGGGUGCCCGCAGUUUUCUAAUUGGCCCAUCAACGG